CGCUUCCUCCUUCACAGAAACAAAACCCUAGAGAAGAGAGAGUUUCUCAAAAAACCGGCGGCGAAGAUGAAGUACAACCCUCGCGUGACCUCCUCUCGCAGGAAGAACAGGAAGGCUCAUUUCACUGCCUCAUCAAGCGAGAGGCGUGUGAUUAUGAGCUCGCCGCUCUCCGCCGACCUUCGCCAGAAGUACAACGUCAGAUCUAUGCCGAUCCGCAAAGACGACGAGGUCCAGAUCGUUCGUGGGACGUACAAGGGACGUGAAGGAAAGGUCGUUCAGGUUUACCGUCGCAAGUGGGUGAUUCACAUCGAGAGGAUCACGAGGGAGAAGGUGAACGGAACCACCGUGAACGUCGGUGUUCAGCCGUCGAAAGUGGUGAUUACGAAGCUGCGUCUCGACAAGGACAGGAAAUCGCUCUUGGAGAGGAAGGCUAAGGGUCGUGCUGCUGCGGAUAAGGAAAAGGGAACCAAGUUCACUUCUGAGGAUAUUAUGCAGAACGUUGAUUAAGAAAGAGAGAGAUAAAAUCUUUUUAGAACUUUCCCAAGAAGAUUUUUCGUAAGGUUUUAUCUUUUUUUUUUUAGUGCUUCUUUUAAAAUUUUUGUUUUUGUCGAAUGUUUAUCAGUGUUUGCAGACAUGAUGAGAGCCUAUCUUUUCGUUUCAAAACUAUUAUGAAGUAUUUAUCUCUUUUGCCAUU